GGAUACGUUGCCGUUGCCGUAAAAGUUCACUUGAUUUAUAUUCAAUGCAUAGCACAAAGUGUCUUCGGAGUUGAGCGGAGUUAAGCUGAGCUAAGCUCUGUUGCUGUUAUAUUAGCUGAUGUAUUAACGUGGCCACUGGACAAUCUUGUGAAUCUUCUGCUGACUGUUGUUUAGACGCUGUGCUACUGAAACGCUUCAACAACUGCAAUUGUAUUGAAAUACUCGUACAAAAAUAAAAAUAGAGAGAGAGAGGGAGAGGGAGAACAGAGUCAGUCAUGAGCCAACCGCAUCAACAACAUGAGCAAUUGCAACGACGUCGUCGACGUUGCCGCCAGCCGGUCGAGCCUUGCGAGUGUUUACGUCCUGUGAUAAGAGUUUUUGGUCUGCUGACUUCAUUCGUUAUCUGUGGAGUGGGCGUGGAUGUUUAUAUGCAUGGCUAUCAGGCGGGACUUUAUAUACUUUUUUCAGCUCUGCUGGUACUGUUCAUUGAGAUAAAAUGGCUGAUAACCAUAUUUCUGCAUCUCCAAUGUGGCGACGAUAAUUACCACAACUCCUCCUGCCUGGACUGCUGGCGUUUGUCAAUGUUGUUGGGCGGUUGGCGACCGGCGCCCAUAUAUGUCGCCAUGGGCGUGGCUCUGAUAAUACUCCCCCACAAUCUUUGGCUCAGCUAUGUCGCUGGCAUGUUGCUCCUGCUCCUGGCAUUGCUGCGUCUUUGCACACUACUCCGAUUCAGUGAAGGAGCCAGUCACUUCAAGGACGAGGGUCUGUUGCCACAAUGCGAUUUUGAAAAGGUCUCCAGUUUUGUGGACAGCGUGGAAGAUGAUAUUGCUGAGGUCAGCGUAACGCAUCCGGACGACGAGGAAGCUGCCAUUGACGAUGAUGUUUGCUAAGAGUUAAAGUUAUUAUUUCCAAGGCAAUCAGGAAUGCUUAAGGCUUCAAUUAUAAAUAUUAAUUAAUUACAUAUAUGUUCACUAAAGUCCCAAUAUACUGAGCAGGGUUAAUA